AUGAUUAUUUCACUUCUCACUGGACUAACACUCGGAAGUGGUCCGUUGGCGUCAGCGGUUUGCAAUAAAUAUGGAUGUCGAGCAACGACAAUCACUGGAGCUUUCAUUGCCGCUAUCGGGUGUGGCAUGUCGUACUUCGCCACUGAAAUGUGGCAUAUCGUGUUUUCCGUCGGAGUGAUCAUGGGAGUCGGAUUUGGCCUCAUGUACUGUCCGGCGAUUGUCAUUGUGACAAUGUACUUCGAGAAGCGGAGGUCGUUAGCGACGGGCAUUGCUGUUGCUGGCGCUGGUGUUGGUACAGUACUAUUCUCACCGAUUAAUGAAUACAUUAUUACUCAUUAUGGAUGGAGAGCAGUUUUUCUUUCAUUCGAAGUAGUUCUCGCUUUAUGUGUGAUUUGUGGCUGGACUUUCCGACCGCUGCAUUUCCGAGAGGUGAGCGAGGAAGAAGAAGCUGAAGACAGUAUUGAGAUGAAAAAACCAAAGGAGGCUACUAUUGAGGAAAAUGCUGCUCUUCUCACAAGUGGCAAAGACAGUGCCAUUCCCAAAGUUCGCGAAAUUGCUCGGGAAGCCAAGUCUUUAGAAGAUAUCAGUGCUUCUGAUGAUGGUACGUGGAGAAAACGAAGCGAAACGAUAGGAGAGAGACACACCGGCUAUAUCAACAGAAAGGAUGUGUUUUACACUGGAUCCAUCACCAACGUUGCCGAAUUCAGGGACCAUCCUCACAAAUACAGGUCCACCGGAUCGUUGCACAGACGCCCGUUGAGCGGAAUGUUGUCUGUUUCGGUGGAAAAACUGCAAGAAGUAAGGGAAACCAGUGAGGAAGUCUCCGAGGACACCACUACCGAUAAUGUGGAAGGUUCCAAUAUGUUCAAGUUAGUUCGCUUUCUCAUAUCAUUACGCCGUUUCAAGCUCGAUCGUUUCUUUAAUCCUCUCCAU